CUUCGCUCACUCGACUAGAUUCCACCUUAUAACCAUGAAGCGUUCGUCAAUGCUGGUACUGCUUGCUGUACUCGUGAACCUGUCAUUCACGUCGGCCUGGUCGUCGUCUUCCUCGGGAUCUUCGUCGUCUUUCAAUGUUUCGGACUGGACGCCCUCCACACGGAACUGUUCAACGCAAGAGACCAUAGUGAUGCGGAAGCUCUACAUUGGCGUGGCCGCGCACACCGCAUGCGCUAACGAGUCUACCGUCGAUAAGUACGAGGUCGAAGUGCGUUCAGAAUGCACUUCGUUGUGUACACCCGUACUGCAGAAUCUAGAGGAAGCUCUUCCUGACUGCAACUACUACCUCAAAGACUACGAGAACAGCAACAAGAAAUGGGAAGCCUACGCUUCACUCGCUCACUGCGACCAGAGAAACGCGUCCGAUCCCGUUGCGGUUCGCUUCCAUUCCAAUUCGACUAUCACAAUCCUCACACCGUCCUCUGCGUCCGGCAGUGCCGUCAUGGACGAAGUCUCGAUGUCGUCGAACAGCAAUAGCGACUUUGUAGACAACUCUCCCGCGAUGGGAACUCAAAUGUCGUGGAUUGGCGCUGCAUUUAUUGCAGCGGUAAGCAUCGCGCUGCAGUUUUAAAAAAUAUAUAUACACGAUCUUGUAACUUUCC